AUGUGCUGGCAAAUCAUUGAGCUAUACUCGGCGUGCCGUUGCCUAUACUAUCAGCAUGCCAUCGAUCGCUGUGUUUCUUACGGACGUCUAGGACACACCGUUGAGCGACGUACUAUUUUCGUUGGCUACGCCUGUUCAGCCCACGCCCCCGCCUGCGACGGCCUCCGCCGGGGCCGGGGCGUAAGUGGUGGUAUCAAGGAAAAGAGUCAAGCAGGGAUCGAUCCCGAGGAUUCGGGCGAUGAGGGUGAUGACAACUUUUCGGAUAACGAGUCAAUUCUGAGCGGUAAUUCGGCUCCAUCAACAAGCCUUACCAUCCCGGUUGAGACAUAUCAAGAGGCCAUCGAAGCUUUAUUUCGAGACAUCCUCAACGACUUUAAUUUACGCUAUCUCUGGCCACAGGUGGUCAGAACAUCUUGUCGAAGAGACCUCGCCGAGAGGGAAAUCUGUAGGCUUCUAAAACGCUUUUCAGCCGAUUUGAAGAAUGCAGCCGAGACCCGUCUGCACCAAAACGCUGCAAAACUUGUCCGAACAGCACGAUUGAACAUUGCCCAAAGAAUCGUCAUUUGCCAUGCCGCUCAGCUUGACCCGUUCGAAAAACCUGACGUAUUCACUUCUGUUGGGCUUCCCGAGGACGAGGAGAUUGUAGAUGAGGAACGAGAGAGGAGCGAUGAAGAGAGGAAUAUCGUGUAUGAGCGCGUGCACGAGUUUAUCUUUCAGGGGGCAGCAUUUGAGCAAUUCACUCUGGCAAUGAAACUGCACGUUGCAAAGAGUUCAGUUUCAGAGGAGCCUUCCCUGAGGCUUUAUUCCUUGAGGCAAUGUUUUGAGGUGCUGGUCUCGCGAAUUUGGGGGUCUCCAGCACAUCCCACACUGAGUCGUCUUUCGUGGUCUUGUGAACAGCAAUGCGGUCAGACUGGCCAUGAUGACUACCUCGAGAAGCAAGAAGGUGCUCUAGAAGAGUUGGAGACACUACUACGGAACUACAAGGAGAAGACGUUGGAAAUGGCGAGGAGCAUAGCUCCAGCGGACUCAUCGUCUACUGGAAACGCAAGCCACUUUAUCUCCAAGGUGAAGAACGUCCUGUCAAUUCCCAUUCGCAGGCAGGGGUCAGAAAACCUUCCUAAGCACCAACAAGACACGGACAAGGCCCCAAUGCCAGGCGAAGCAUGCCGCAUUACGUCCAACAAAGAGCCGUCUUCUUUAGACCCGCAGCACAGGUUUCUAUUAAUCUGUGCACCUUUCAUGCAAAGGGCCACGAAAGCGCAUCAGCCCGAUGUGUGCAUGAUUCACUCGGACCGUGAUUUGUUCAAGGCGCUGCGGAGAACAUACUCAAAGUGCAGAAAGGGCUACAGGUGGCGGUGGUUCAGACGAGUCACCUCGAUUGAGUUUGUCAAGUUUGAGUUCUUCCUUAGCGAGCUUGUCAACAUCCAACAAUGCCCUUCGCUGCCUGGACGACAAGACAGGGUGGAAUACGACUUUGAACAGGUAGACUUGGAUCCACCCAUCGGACCGAACCUCCUGUCACACUUGUUCGAGAAUCCAGACCACGCCGAAGUGCUUCCUGUGCUCUUUAACAGAAUCCCGAAAAAGAUGAGAAAACGACUCAGUGCCUGCCCAAGGAAAGGAAGUUCCACUGGCUGGGGGAUCAGUUUCGUCGAGACCCUGGACACAUUCGUUGUGUUUCUCUUUGGAUGUAUUGGGUUUACUCUAUCUCUUGUCGCUGCCGUGGUUUACACCGUGAUCAUGGGGGACAUUCAGGGUGGAUUUGCGAUUGGGGCAUUUCUGUUGGCUUUUGUUUUGUUUUGCGGUGGCUGUCUUCACUCUUUGCCUAUCUAG